AUGUCUGACGUGUAUCGCAAGACGGGACGCGGAGGAAGCGGGAACUUUUACUCGAAAAAGGACGUUGAGGACGUCGAGAAGGCCAAUCCCGAGGACGUCGAAGCCCAGAAGACGAACAACGCUACAGUCGCCUCGACUACCAGCUCGACCUCGCCGACGGCCGGCGGCUACGCGCGUGCGGGCAGAGGCGGGGCGGGUAAUUUCCACGAUGCUUCCUCCCUGCCAGAUGCGAAGCACCAAGAAGAGGUCGUAGGGAAGACGCGGGCGGCCGUGAGCGCCAGCCUCGCGCGGUCGUCCCGGGGCGCCUCGGGACGUGGCGGGGCCGGCAACUACGGAGAAGCCAGCGUUCCGGGCGGCACCGAGACGGCCGAGGGGGAGGCGAAGCGCAAGGAGGCGCUGGAGAGAAAGAUCAUUGAGGACGUCGAGGCCGGUCUUCCGAUGCCGCCGAGGGCGUACCAGCACACCUCGAAGAAUGACGAGGACGAGGAUUGA